CAACUAACUGUUAUUUAAGAACAUAUCCAACUUUACACCAUAGAUUCCCUGCAACACCACCAACCAAUCCAAUAGAACAAACGAAUAUGUUGUUAAUUAGAAUUUGCAAACAUGCGGUUGUUUGUCAGCCUUGGAUUAAACGUGCGGAUACCUUAAAUCAGCAUUGGUGGAAAGCUAAUUAAGCUUUUAAUACGUUCGUUCCUCUCCAUGGAUGAUGGGCAUAAAACCACCAUUAGUGGUGGGUGGCUUUUAAUUAACAACUUUAACUUCAACGUUAAUGCGUAUAAGCGUAAUAAGAUAAAACCCCGCACACAAGAUCAUACCACUACUUCUAGCUAAUCCCCCCAUUAACGAAAAAGCAACAGCAAAGCUAAUCAAGAAAAAGACGUGUGCAAAUUUGCAAACCAGUCUUUAGUUUUGCCUAUAAAUACACGCCAUAACCGGCCAUACGUUGUUUCAAAACAAACCCACCAUUAUUGAUGCCUAAAUGAAACGUAUCAUAUAAGCAUAUACGUUUAAUUUCUCUGCGUUAACAAUAUCUGUCUAUCGAAUCCCAUCUCCCUCAACUAGCUACCCAAAGAACCUACAAUGGCGUCGUGUGUUGCUAAUGACAACAUCGUACGAGGAAUCGCCAUGUUCCUGUGUUUGGGUUGCGUAGCAAUGUCCAACCUUGCUGACUUAGUCGCGGCGGACUUCGGCACCGCCACCUCUUACAACCCUCCUUAUCUACCGACGAGGUGCAACGGUGGGAGGCAGGACCAGUUUCCGGCGGGGAACAUGUUCGUGGCGGUGGGGGAAGGGCUGUGGGACAACGGGGCGGCGUGCGGCCGGCGGUACAGGAUGCGGUGCCUCAGCGGAGCCAACCGGCCGUGCAAAGAAGGCACCAUGAUCGACGUCAAGGUGGUGGAUUACUGCCCAAAAUCGCCUUGCCCUGCCACCUUUUUGCUCUCCAACGACGCCUUCAACGCCAUCUCACACCACCCAAACGCCAAGAUCAACAUCGAAUAUGCUCAGACAUGAUGAUGAUGAUGAUGUGGCGAUAUCGACGGGAGCAGUCACGUUAAAAAGAGGAGAUGGAACGUAUAGGAUGAUUGUAAAUUGUUUUGAUGCUAGCUCGAAGAAGAAUGAGUAUCAAGAGAUGAUUGUUGUGUUUUAGGUAGAUAUCAAUGGUGGACUUUAAUACACGAUAGAAUAGAAUAGAAUAAGAAAUCAGCCGAUUGGAAACCCAACUUCUUGGUUCCAAUAAAAUGGGCAUUCGCUAUCAUAACCAUAUACAUGCUUAACAAGAUAUUUGAUGAGGAAUUUUAUAAUGCUACGUGUGCUAUCAUUUAAUGUAGAAGUUAAAUUUAUGUAAUAAAGUACAAGUUCGGUUUUAUAUCAUAAAGAAAUUUGUAUGAAAAUGUAUAGAUAUGAACUGAAUUAGUUUCAUGAGAUUGAGCUACGAGUUUAAUUUGUACCAUAAACAAAUUCUAUGCGAAAAUGUAUAGGUACAAACUGAAUUUGUAACGUAAUGAGAAUACAAAUUUAAUUUGUAU